ACGAGAGUUUUGGAGGCGGGCCAUUGGAGUUUGCAGCUAGUCUUUGUCCUUCACUUCCGAUAGAAUGACUUCUGACUGUUCCCCCACGGGCUGCUCUUCUGAAUCGAGUGCCAGGGCUUCUGAUUGUGCGCUUACUUCAACCUGUUCCGUUGAAACCACUAGUCUCCCCAGCGCCUGUGCUACAUCCAGCUGCCAGACCCCCAGCUUUCUAUCCGGGUCUCGCUUGCCAGCUGGGUGCCUCCCGCCAUCCUGCUUUGCUGGGAGUUGUAAUAUCCCGUGCUUGGUGGGGAACUGUGCCUGGUGUGAGGAUGGUGUGUUCAACAGCAACGAGAAGGAGACAAUGCAGUUCCUGAAUGACAGGCUCGCCACCUAUCUGGAGAAGGUGCGCGGGCUGGAGGAAUUGAAUGCCGAGUUGGAAAGCAGGAUCCGAGAACAGUGUGAAGAGGAUGUCCCAUUGGUGUGCCCUGAUUAUCAGUGUUACUUCGACACCAUUGAAGAUCUCCAACAAAAGAUCUUGUGUACGAAGGCAGAGAAUUGUAGACUUGCCGUACAGCUUGACAACUGCAAACUGGCUGCUGAUGACUUUAGGUCAAAGUACGAGUCUGAACUCUCUCUUCGCCAGCUGGUAGAGACUGACAUUAGUGGCCUGCGUGGGAUUCUGGGUGAGCUGACUGUGUGCAGAUCUGAUCUGGAGGCCCAUGUGGAGUCUCUGAAGGAUGAUCUCCUUUGCCUUAAGAAAAACCAUGAAGAGGAGGUCAACGUGCUUCGUGGACAGCUGGGUGACCGACUCAGUGUGGAACUAGACACUGCCCCCACCACAGAUCUCAACAGGGUCUUGGAUGAGAUGCGUUGUCAGUAUGAAACUGUGCUGGCCAACAACCGCAGAGACAUGGAAGAAUGGUUCACUGUUCAGACAGAGGAACUGAAUCAGCAGCAGCUAUCCAGUGCAGAGCAGCUGCAGGGUUGCCAAGCGGAGAUCUUGGAACUGAAGCGCACAGCCAACACUCUGGAAAUUGAGCUUCAAGCACAGCAGAGCCUGACAGAAUCUCUGGAAUGCACCGUGGCGGAGACCGAGGCCCAGUACAGCUCGGAGCUGGCCCAGAUACAGUGUCUGAUCGAUAACGUGGAGAACCAGCUGGCCGAGAUCCGCUGCGACCUGGAGCGGCAGAACGAGGAAUACCAGGUGUUGCUGGACACCAAGGCCCGGCUGGAGGGUGAGAUCAACACGUACCAGGGGCUGCUGGACAGCGAGGACGGCAGGCUUCCCUGUAACCCAUGUUCUGCAACAAGCACGUCAAACAACACUUGUGAGCCAUGCUCGGCAUACAUAAUUUGCACAGUGGAAAACAGCUGUCCCUGAAGGCUAUACAUCCAGCACAGCAGAUGGAGGAAGGGAAGCCAGCAGAAUCCUUGAAAGGAGACGGUGCUUCGAUCAGGGACAUCCAAACUUGAAAUUCAAGUCAAGAAGGCUUUUGUAUUCUAAAAUUGUCCGCUAAGCAUGCACAAAAUAUCUCUAUUUUGUCAUUUCCUCUCCUGCUUGCUUAUUUGUGAUAUUCUAGGAGUCUGUAAAACUUUCUUGCUGCUCUCCAAUAAAAUGUUUUCAUCCUUUAGCAUGGUAAAUACAGCCUUGUAGCUCAUUACUGUUAAUAUAAUAACCAUUUGAUGCCAAGGUCAUUGUCUAAACCCAUUCCAGUAGUUUGAUUUUGCCUAAACCCAGAAGGAAGAUAUUUUUUAACUCCUUGAAUACAAAUAGAUUAGCUAAUUCAUGUAAAAUGUCAUAUAACAUGGAAGAUAGGUGUAUAUAUCAUUCUGAGAAGAAACACUUGAGAAUAUUAAUUAUAAAAAUACUAGAUUCCCUUUUUUUCAAUUUGGCACAGGAAAGGGAAAAAUCACUCAUAAUUCCAUACCCCAAAUAUCCAUUGUUUGUAUUUUGGGAACUUCCAGUUUUCUUUCCUAUAAUGAUAAUAAUCAUAGUUGCAUGAUUUUACUUUGAAUCUGUAUGAGCAUAUAGUUUUAACCUAUUUUUUCACUAUGUUAU